CAUCAAAGCAACAUAGGAAAAUCGCCGGAAGGGCGACCUUUCAAGGGCAGGUCUACAACUUUCUGGAAAGGCCUGACAACUGGAAAUGUUUCGUCUAUCACUUCAUAGUGUGAGUGAGAUGUCCGUAAUUCGGAUUUAUUUUUGUGUAUUAUUACAAAGGCAAACUGGUUUUUAUGAAUCGAUACUUUUUUUUCCACUUACGAAAAUGAAAUUAACAGCGGCGGUGCCGUGAUAUAUUUUGUGGCUGCUUCAAAAUCUGGGAAAUCUCAGCUUUGCAGACGUGAAUUUUUGCCCUUAACAUGGGGUGAGUUUUAUUUAAUUUAAUUUGACAAAUUUUAUUUUCGAUCAUUCAACGGAGGAACAAAGUAAGUCAGUUGUACCUUAGAUUUCAAUACAAGUUGCAUGUUCAGCACACACGCAUUCCAUUUUUCUUUAGCAUUUCGUUACACUCUAACUACACUGCUGACACAGAAAAUUGUUUUACAGGGACAUUCCGUACCAUGAAAAGAUCAUGAAAUUUAUUUGAGAUUAUAACUUUAAUUCUGAUUUUAAAAAAUGCCUUGAUGCAAAUUUCUGAGAGGUCCAAAGAAAAAAAAUCCCAUUAACGUUAACGUUAAGCGGAUGACGUAUAUGCGAAAUUACUUUUGGCUUACGGCGUACACAAAGACCAACCGUGGUCCAAUUUCGCAAUAUUGUACUAUCAAGAGGCAUAUUUUACUAAAACUGCGCUGCUUAAAAUGGGACUUUUUCAAGGUGUAGAAUUUUUCGGUAUUUCUAUUAUACUACUGUCUCAAAAUUAAAUUUGCAUUGGAAUAGUUAUUGCUAUCAAGCGAAACCAGUUAAAAUACUAAAAGUGUCAUUCUUUGUUAGGUUUGAGCAUUCCGACAUUUGAGAGAAGAGCUGACAACGAUUGUAUGAUACGCUGAUUUUAGUUAACGAACAAUCACUUCAUCAUGGAUGCCGUUGUUGAAUGUUUUCAAUGGAGCCUGUUUGCAGAUGGUCAUCAACUACGGUGCGGAUGCCAUUUCGACGUUUUGACACGUUAGAAGAGCUUGCAGGUGCUCCAUAAUCCAUGCCAUCAUGCUAACGCCAACUUGCUUAGAGAACGGCAUUUGGCCUCGAACAGUAUUACAAAUAUGUCGCCAUCACUGACUCCCACACAGUUGUCGCAUUUCUUCUUAUGUCUGUCUGAAAAGGCCUCAAGGCCAACGCAGCAAGUCUGCCAAUGCUGUCCUUGGUGAUGCUGCCCUCCGCAAUGAAUCGUUCAGAACAGGAAAACUUGUAUCGUACAUCGCGGCGGCUAAGUCUGGUUCCCAUCGGAAUUGAUCAUUCCCACGGAAAUCUUCUAGAUCUCGGCAACGGCGAGGAAAGAAGACAUUCGUUCGUAAAACCCAAAAAUGGAGAAAGGCAGCAACACGUUAAUACAGACGACCUCGUUUUGAGCGUACUUAAGAGUCCUGUUAACCACGCCGGAGCUUUGGAAACAAGAGAUACUAAUUGUGACGAGGAGUUACAAGGCGGUUACAAAGAUGGCACAUCCGACGAUGAAACGGGAUGCAAUAAAUCGGAAACAAUUGAAGAUGAGGACUGUUCUGAGCAUUUGCCGUUUUUGCAGCGGCUCAGAGGUCACCAUCAUAAUCACCAUCGGGUGGGGAAAAUGGGCGAAGCCCACCAUAAAAGGCCUUCGACACCAAUGAAGAAGAAACAGCGGUGUUAUCGGAAAAAGGAUCUCAUACAGACGGAGGAUAUCGUCGAUGAGGAGGAAAUCGUGGUGGAUGCGGAAGAACAGCCGAGAGGUGUCCCCGAUCCCUACUAUCCCAUUUAUUUGCCGAUCGAUCAGGCAUUUAAGGCGAAAUACAUGUUUCAUCACAAAAAGGGUAAAACUUUGCAGGAAAAAACUUACGUUUUCCUGGAGCACCCUGGGGGAUGGUUGUGCUUUUUCUACCACUUUACAGUAUUUAUGUUAGUAUUAGUCUGCCUAAUAUUUAGCGUCCUGUCAACGAUCGAUACGUAUACGAAUUUUGCCAACGAAACGCUUUUUUGGAUGGAAAUCUGUCUGGUUGUAUUUUUCGGAGUCGAAUACAUCGUCCGGUUAUGGUCUGCUGGUUGUAGGUCAAAAUAUAUGGGUUUCUGGGGCCGUCUUAGAUUUAUUAGAAAGCCGAUUUGUAUUAUAGAUUUAAUAGUAGUGGUGGCUUCUAUCGUCGUUUUAACUGUGGGUUCGAAUGGACAAGUGUUCGCUACCUCAGCUAUUAGAGGGAUACGAUUUCUUCAAAUUCUCCGCAUGCUUCACGUCGAUAGGCAAGGAGGGACAUGGCGAUUGUUGGGAUCUGUGGUUUUCAUACAUCGGCAGGAGUUGAUAACUACCCUCUACAUCGGAUUCCUGGGCCUCAUUUUUAGUAGUUAUUUCGUUUACUUGGCCGAAAAAGAUGCAGUUGGACCCGAUGGAAAAAACACGGGAGGAUUUGCGAGCUACGCGGACGCCCUCUGGUGGGGCGUGAUUACGGUGACCACGAUAGGCUACGGGGACACUGUACCACGAACCUGGAUGGGAAAAAUUGUGGCUUCCUGCUUCAGCGUUUUCGCGAUUUCAUUCUUUGCUCUUCCAGCGGGUAUAUUGGGUUCGGGCUUCGCUCUCAAAGUGCAACAGAAACAACGUCAAAAACAUUUCAACAGGCAGAUUCCUGCAGCGGCGAUGCUCAUUCAGUGUCUGUGGCGGUGUUAUGCCGCUGACAAGAGUUUCAAUUCGACCGCUACCUGGCAAGUUUACCUGAAGGACUCUGCAGAAAAUCAACAGGCAUCUAAUACCCAGGGUGGAGGCACAGGAAGCGGUCCAAACUAUUCAAUGCCACUGUCAAAGUCCCUAAUAUUACAGGUGGCCAAAAAGGCUUCAGUUCUAAAACGUCGCAAGUCUAGGAAUAGGAUGGAAUCAAUAAUAAUCCCUGCGUCGACCACUCCAAGCACCCCACAAGGGGAGGCCUCUAUUUCCGGGCACGGGGUAUCAAACGCCGAACCAUCGAGAUGUGUAUCGGAUUCUGAUAUGGUAUUCUAUAUGGACGACACGCGAUCGGGAACCCCAAACAGAGCAAGAAAAGGUGAACGCGAAAAUUCAAGAGGCGCGGUGUUCAUGAGUCAAACCAGCACAGUAACCGAAGCCCCAUCUGAUGAAAUUGAUGAUUUUGACGCAGAACUUCCCCGAGUUACGCAAUUGACAGAAGCACACAAAAACGCUAUCCGAGCCAUCAGGAAAAUCAAGUACUUCGUAGCCAGAAGGAAAUUCCAGCAAGCCAGGAAACCUUACGAUGUUAGAGAUGUCAUUGAACAAUACAGCCAGGGCCACCUCAACAUGAUGGUUAGAAUAAAGGAACUACAGAGAAGAUUGGAUCAAACGCUUGGAAAACCAGGAAGUUACUUAGCAGGCAUCGAUAGAGUGGGCAACGUUAGACCCAUGACCGUAGGGGCGCGUCUGUACAGGGUCGAACAACACGUAUGCACGAUAAAUCAAAAACUCGACUCAUUGACGGACCUCGUCAUGAGUGUUAUACAACAACGAACCAACGCAGCAUCUGAAAAUAACGUUUAAAUAAGCACAUUUAAUAAUUGUAACAUGAUUUGGGCUUCAAAUUUCAGACUCUGAAAUGUGCAUAUUCAUUUUCGAAUAUUUUCGAAACAUUUACGGAAACUUUUGUUGAAGUAUACAUUACACAUAUCGCUAACGGCAUAACAUGUAAGAGAUGCAAUAACUGACGAGAAAGUUCGAGGUGUGUCAACAAACUAUUGCCGUAAAAUUAAUCGAAAUAGCGCUUCCUUGACAAAGUAAUGGUAAUGGUAAUGUAUUUAUGGUUCAGCUUGCCCUGCGGUUGUUGUUUUGGUAGUGAAAUUGCGCUGUGGUCUAAUUACUUAUUUCUUAAUAUUGGUACUAAUAGCUUUAGGUUGAGAUUUGGAGUUUUCGAAGAAAAAAUAUUUCCUGGAUCAACAUAAAUAACCUAAUUUUUAUUUAAUUUAGUUACCUAGUGUUUAAUGAUUGACAAUAUAAUUUGUCGUCAGAAAGAUUUUCAAACGCAAGAAAAAAUUAAGCAAUGCGAGAGGAACAAAAAUAAGAGCAAUAAAUAGUUCUGUAUACAAACAAAAUAGAAAUUUUAACAUUCUACUAGAUAGAAACGUUGAUUUGAAAAAAAAAAAGGAAAAUUUUUACAAAAACAAUAUGAGAAAGGUUUGUCAAUGAAAUAAGAAAGGAUAAGUAAAAUAUGUUUACCGAAAAUACAAGGGGUGAUAGUGUUCCCCAUAUAAAUAAAUAUACCAAUUCCAAACUAAAACAUUCUGAUUUAAUACAUCGAAGCAGAUAAUAAAUUUUAAGACUAUGUCAAAAUUAUUUAAAUGUUUUCAACGCUUUCAGGUUAUUUUUGGAAAUGUCUUAAUUUAUUCUAGAUUCAUAACCGAGUAGAGAAUAAAAAGUAUUCAUUAGUUUAUAAUUUUCGCCGAAUUAGAAUAAACGGUAGCACAAUAUGCCUAUACAAUUCCGUUAUAGGAAUUCCAACAAUUUUGUUAUACUCAUAUUUCAAUUUUUAAGGUUAACCCGCACCUAAAAACUCUGUUUAAAUGAUAAAAUUUUAGUCAGUCGAUAUGCCUCGAAACGACUUGUCCUGUAAUAUCGAUAGUCUGUACUGUAGUAAAAUGUAAAUAAUAUUGUCAUGGUACAACGGGGCACAUAAAAAUGUAUUAUAUCUAAACUAUUAUAAAGCAAGUUUCUUCACUAUAACAGUGCUGUAUGUGAAUUGUGAAAGCUAUGAAGCAAUGACUUUGCGAAGGUAAUUCAAUAAUUACGACACAUACAGGGCUUUUGAAACAGUAGAAAACUGAUUUCGGUGUGAAAUCGAGCCAAAAAAGUCUGUUUAAUUACGGAAAUACUUCUGUAAUGUGAUAUGUGUAAUGACUUUUAGAAAAAAUUAUUUACAGUGCAUUCAGUAUAAGGGCAGGCAUGGGGAUAUCGAAAACCAUAGGAGAUACAGGGUCGGUUAAAUUAGGAAAGUUUUUAAAAAAAUUAUGAGAAACUUAAACGUAAACGUAAAUCGUCAGAAAUUGAAAAAAAUAUAAAAAGUUGGGUUUUCUAUUUUUGUCUAUAAAGCCCAAAAUACACCAAACAUGAUUUUGGGUUUAGUACAUUACUAGAACACUUAAGGAAAAAUAUGACAAAGGAAAACGAAAUUUUUUCAUUUGUUUUCGGGAUGUACCACAGAUUUUUAAUUUUUCUCAUCGGCGCUGUAUUGAAUAUUUUCACAAUAAGAUAUGGCUCAACAUACGACAUAUUUUUUUGAAUUUACUAUUUACAUUGAAAUCACUUGGAAUUACAUACUUAUUACAUUGUAAUAAUUACAAUAUAAUUCAAUAAUUAAUACAUAUUCAAACAACAUGUUGUCAAAUCUAUGAGGUAUGAUGGUUGAACUGCUACUAAAACUAGAUGACAUAGUUCUUCCUCUCUUCGAAAAUUAUGUUGGUACUUAUAGUUCUUGAUGCUGUCAUCAUCUAGAUAAAAGUUUAGAGGCGAUCAUACAGGCCAAAAAACUAAUCAUUGUGAACCUAUCCAUUUGUUAGUUAUUCUCGAACUAUUCUCGAGUUUGAGCAGAAAUCCUAUCUUAUUGAAACCAAAUAUUGUUGAUCCCCGCUGGCAGAAAGUUGGUAUUAUACGUCUACAGUUAUUUUGAACAAUGAGCAAUACCCCAAACAUUGACAACAGUCUUCCAAAGAUUUUUUUAUUUGACCGUCAUCUUUCAUGGAAGGUAUUUAAAUACAAUUGCUCAGCCUAUCGAGUUACUAUGAUACCAAACAAAACAUUUUGAUGUGUCGAACUUAUUCUCAAGAGAAAAUUUUCUUUCCAUUUAUUAAAUUAAAUGACCACUUAACAAACUUGUGAAUUAUAAGUGAAGAUAACGAAGGCAUUUCCGUUUCCAAAGCCCACUAUAUUUAUAGCUUAUGUAUCCUGAAUAUCUGUCAUCGUCUACUAUAAAAAAAACGAAUUGUCCUUUGUGGCAGUAAGGAUGUGAUAUAUGAUUUAAAAGCAUUUUUAUGCCCUAUCUAAUAAUAUCUAAUAAAUAUUCAAUAUGGCGAGCAAUAUUUCAUAGUUUCUCAAAUUCUUUAAAACUUUUUUCCUAUAUUCCCAUGAUAUCCUUUCCUUUUAUAAGACACACUAUAAUAUAUAUUUUUAAGCAAACUAUUAAGAAAUAAUAUUGUAUGUCAAUAUGGAAAUGUCUGUUUAAGAGAACAUUGUAUUGAGAAGGGCUUGUUUCAUGGAAUUUGCUUGCAAGUUUCUUCAACCGUCAUGCUGCGUUAGCUUAAAAAAUAUUCCAUUUGGGUGGGCUCUAUUUCAUUUGCUUCGUAUUCUUUCACAUACCCUGUAUAUAGUUAAAAUCGAUACUGAAAAUACAUAUAUAGAAAAUAUAUCAAGGAUCGGUUAAUUAUAUUGUUUACGUUAAUACCUUCAAAUGCUUCAUUGAUUGAAACAUAUCUUAAGGAACUUAAAAAUUCUUUGGAAAUAGUAACUAAGAAUUUUGACAAUCCAAAUUUGAAUGUCUCUGAAUAAACCAAAGACAUUCAUAGUAUUACUAUAAGGUAAAUUUAAAAUUUAAAACGAGAAUAUAAUAAUCCGUCUCUUUACUUACUUCGUUAUUGGAUGAUUUCAGUGUAUAGGAAAAUUUUCAUGUGCAAGUUGUCAAAGGCGCUCUUUAAUAUCAGAUGUCAAAUAAAAGUAAAUCCAAUUGUUACCGACUUUAAAAGUAGCGCUACCUGCAUUGUGCUAUUUAUAUUCCUAAAUACGCAAAUUACAUGUCAAUUUAUUUUUACUUUGUAUAUAGGGUGGUUCAACUAAAGUUACAAUUAUGCACUGUCUGUUUGAAUCAUCCUAUAUAAAUGGGUAAUAAUAAGUUAAAACUUUCCACUUAUUGUCUGUAAUAACAUUAGUGGUGUGCCUAUAUAUCUGUGAUUUUGUCUAUUUACCUAACGUUUAUAAAGUGCUAUGGAUCCGAAUUUAUUACCUGUACCACAUACAUUUACCAGAACCAAAUUUACCAAGCAACUUAGAAAUAAACUUUUUUUGUGUUUAAGAAAAUGCAUGAAAACAUUUAUAUGCGGAAUUUUUAAUUUCGCAUUUACUUCGUGGAUUUGUUUGUGUAAAAUUAGGUCGUGCUGAAAUUGUCGUCGAAGAUUCUGCUAAAGUGUGCAAUUCCAAUUUGUGGAAUAAGCUCAAUGUAAGUGGUCGGAUUGCAUCUAGUCAUAUCAAGUGUAUAUGGUGUCUUAGCCUAAACUUCAAGCAACUAUUACUGCGAAAAAGUUUUAAAGAAAGACACGAGGGCGGUUGAUAACAAGUAACAAGUAAUUUAAAUUAUCGUAGACACUUAUGUCUUUGAAAAGUGUUUUAUUCGAUACAAAGCCGCCUUAAGAAAAGUCAUAUUAAGUGUUCCAUUAGUUUUAUUAGAAAUUUUUUAGAGUAAGCUUUUAAUCCUACGUGCCAAUAUUUUUGUUAUAUUUCAUCCGAUGCGGAUGAACAAAAUUUUCAUAUUCAAAAAACUGGCUUUAUUUAUAGCUCUUGCAGUUGUUAUAGUUUUAAUAUGGACAUGGUAUUGGUUAUUUUUUUAUCCUGAUUAGUACCUAAAAGCUCAUUGAAGAAUGAAUUGGACAACAGAGCUGUGUUAAUACAAAAUAUGAAGUCAAUUCACGAAAUUUAAUAUCUUCCUGGUUAAUAAAAAUUGGUCAAUAUGGAAACGAGAUUCUGUUGAAUGGACAAAAAAAUCAAUAACUUUGAUAAUGAAAAAGAAUCGUAUCAUUAGAGCCUGAGAAUGAACCGAUUUUUAAGAAGAUAAAUAGGCAAUAUGUAAAAGCACAAAAAUGAUGCAAACAUAAUAAUUAAUUAUUUUUUUUUUAAUAUAUUUUUUAUUUCUUUAAUUUAGGUUACACAAUUUUCAAAAUAAAUAGGUUAAAAUUGGUACAAUUAUUCCAUACGAAAAAUAAAAUAUUUCAAGUUUCGAGUACUACAGUAGAACCUCGAUUAUCCGGGUCGGCCGGGACCGAGCUUUCGCCGGAUAAUCGAAAACACGUAUAAUCCAAAGACCUUUUUUUAUUUUAUUUAGAUAAAUACAUGUGUCAAACAAAGGGAACAAACAUACAUGUAACAAAAAAUAAAAUAUAGUGUAUACAAAAUGUAUACAAUAAAUUAUGUUUGCAAAAAUCACUUCAAAAAAUCACUGAUUUUUGUUUGUUUUUGGGCUUCGUAACUUCUAUACAUUAUAAUUUCUUUCAUUUUUCUAAGCUGAAGUACAUGAAUGUCAUCAAUUGCAAGGUGUUCUUCAAAAUAUUGCAGAAGUACGUUUACUGAGUCCCUUGCUUCUUGAUGACUUGAUUUCGCAAUAAUUACUCUCAUCAUUAUCACUACUUUUUCAGAACUUUCUUCAGAGGUCUUGUAAAUUAUGUUAUCGUCAUUAAUGAUCUGAUACCCUGCUUCUUUGUGAUCACAUUCUAUCCAGUCCUGUAUUUCUUUAUUGUCUAUUUCUUCCAAACCAUUUAUUUGCAAGGCUAUAGAUGCUAUGUUUUCGAUCGAUAGCUCACCUUCAUUUAACUGAUUAUUAUCUCCAAUAACGUCUUCAUCCUCUGUAUCUUCUAUUAAAAUCAUUAUUUUAUAAAAUGGUUCAUUCCAAGCACGACCUAUAGCAUAUAUUGCCCCUUUCAAAUUUAGGAGCGUUCAAAAUUCCACAAUGUCACGUUCUUCCAUAAGUUGAAGCAUAAGAUCUUUUCUAUAAAGCUUUUCAUUGUCUCUGCAACCCCUUGGUUCAUUGGCUGGGCAAUACAUGUUACAUUCAUCAGAAAAUAUGCUACGAAUAUGUUUCCAUCUUCUGACUUAAGUUGCUCUACAUUAGGAUGCUAUGGCGUAUUGUCCAGUAACAGUACAGCCUUUGGUGGAAGAUUAUUUUCUUUUUGAUAAGCUCGAACUUGCGUUAUAAAUUUUUAAAAAACCACUGUUUAAAAAUUGCUCUAUCCAUCCACGCUGUGUUUUUACAUUUUCAAAAACCCUUGGGUUUUUGGAUUUUCCAAUAACACGAAAACUAAGCUUAUGCGUUGCUGAGGCAUUGGCAUAGCACAAAACUGUUAAACGGUCUUUGCUUGCUUUGAAACCUAAAAAAAGUCCAGUUUCGUCCCCAUUAUACACUUGCUCAGAUUUUAGGUCGUGCUCUGUCAAAAGAUUUUCAAAAGCAUAGCAAAAUUCUACCAUAGCAAUGUCAUCAGCACUUAAUUUCUCCCCUUGAACAGCCAAUUCUCGUAUUUCAUGGCGUUUUUUAAAUCUGUAAAGCCAACCAGAAGAUGCCGAGAAGUUGCCUUUAAUUUUUUUAAUUUUUAAUUGCUGGUGAAACUUUUCAGCUUGUCUAGCACACAUAUCGGAACCCCUUCCGAUCUCUUCUGCAAGAACCACCUGCUCAUAGCAUCAUCAAGUUGUCGAAAAGUAGUAGUGAUUUUCGAUCAGAAAUAGCUUUAGCUACAAAGCUCUGUAAUUUGGCUUUUCUCUUUAAAAUGUCACGAACUGUUUGUUUUCCAAUGUUAUACUUUUUAGUCAACACAUAAACACUUAUGGUAUUUCCAAAUUGCCUUAAAAUUUGCAUUUAUAGCCCAAUAUUUAAAACAUUGCGUUUACGCCUAGCACCGGUACGCUCCAUUUUGUGCCUCUGUUUACGUUUAACUAACUAACCCAAACUAACUAGCCGGUCGAUCAGCACUCGGCAAAUAUAAUACGUUAAAACAUGGAUUCCCCUACACAAAUUUAGGGAUUCUCCGAAAACAACGACACAGUGCAUGCAGCGGAUAGAGCGCGCACGGAUAAUCGGGGUUCUACUGCAUAGUAUCUUUCAACAUCUGCAAAAUCAUAAUUCACUGCCAAUUUUUUUCUAGAACAUCCCUGGGUUUUAAUAGUCUAAUUAUAAGAUGCAUCGCUUAAACGCCGUUUUUUAUAAAAAUUUCCCCAUUUCCCAAUAUACCAAAAAUCCAUCUGGUGGUUGGUUACCAAAUCAAAAACGUUUUAUGACUUCAAAUAUUGCGGUUUUCGUAUGUAGCAAGUGUCAUAUUUCAGCUAUUUGAAAGUGGAAAAAUAUUUUACGCUGUGGAACACAUUUUCGAAAGUCCAAACUUCUAUUAGAACGGGAUGUAAAUGCAAUCAGGAAAAUCACUUACAUCGAGGUUAGUUCGGCAUAUUUCGACUUCUGUAAUAAAACUUCAUAUCACUUGCAAUUAAUUAAUAUAAUUAAGGACCCUGUAGGGAAUUCAAAAUUCCCGUAAUUUAGCUCUAUCUUUAGGAAGCUUCUAAAUCAUUCUUGCGAUAUAUUUUCAUAAAAGUAAUAACCUUUAGGGCGACGUAAAGUCCCUAUAUAUUUAAGAGUAACUUUUGAACUUGUGAUUUGUAGUCAGUAGUUUAUCAUUCUAAAUUUUAGAUUAAUUUCCUUAUAGAAAUAUAAUCGUUUCCUAUUGGAAAUUUUUGGUACUUUAAGGUAUCAACGAUAACCUACCGUAGAUGCCUCUUUUAGAGUAAAUUACUCAUAUAUUAUUAGGGGUAGAUUGUCUAACGAAAAACAAAGCAAAUAUCGAAUUCGAACUGGCAGGCCUUACGGAUGUACGAGUAUUUGUAACUCUAUGUUCAUUUCUAAAGACAAUCAAAUCUGAGGCAACGAUAAAAUUGAAGAGUAAGAGUAAGAGUAAUGGAAAGGGUAAUUUAUAGGCCCGUAGGUACAACUAGUGCAGUAUAGCAACAUAGCGGUAACCGUUGCUUUGAGGAAAUACUCACACUAGCUCAAUCAUUGAGAAAUAUUAAUAAGCUGGACUGAAUCUAUUGGGUUUGAUGAAAUUGCACAAAUGCAAUCAGAGUGCCUAAGAGAUAUUAACAAUAUUAGAAUUGUGCCGAUUUAUUCUCAGGGUUGUCUUUAGAACUCAAGUGUGGUGCGCUCCGGAUUGCUAGUGUUCAUGACGCCUUGUCAACGAUAGUUUUUGCUCUUGUUUGUAUUAAAGCAACCAACAGUAUCAAAUUAUAAAAUACCUGUACUUAUAUUUUGAUCCCGGACCAUUUAUGUAGGAAAAUUACAGGAUUUUGAUUUGAAUGGAUUCAACGGAAAUAGUAAACAACAAUUUCAAUUGGAAAGUCACAGAUAUCUCAUUGUCCUGCCAUUUUUUUACAGUUCCAUAUCAAAAGUUAUUAUAGAUUCUUAUUUUGUGAUAGCACAUGUUUACUAUUAUAAACACAGUUGAGACUUUUAUCGGUGUUUUCGAUUUUUUAAAGAUUCUAUUGUAAAUAAUACUGUUAAAAAGGUUGUUCAGUGUGGAACGGUUUUUCGAAUUUUAGCUGAGAUGUGAUGUCAUAUUUAGAACCUAGGUUGAUCUAAUACUCGUAUCUUUAAUGAACCUUAAGGAAUAUAUAGUAUUAUAGAAUUUCUUUAAUGGAUGCUUAAUUGUCAACUACAAUUAUAAAUAAAAUUUCACUUCAAACAAA